ACUACCUCUCAGUCGACAGUCGACACUCGCUCACUCUCGCUCUUACCCUCCGCGAUUCUGAAUCACCGAGAGAGCAUAGAAAGCCAGAAACCCUCUUGCUAUUCAGAUUUCAGGGCAAGGGGAAGAAACAUGAGGAGAUAGUUAUUGUGUCGCUAAUGCAAAUACAACUGAAUGAACUGUUGUUGGUAAUUGAGCAUCUGGGUAAUCACACUAUUGUCAUCAACAGAAGAUAAGCCUCAGCCCUCAGUAUUAAGAUAAAUCACUCACAGGGUUUGGCCUUUAAACGUCAGAGCUUGCUCAUGGCGGCCAAUAUCAGAAUUCUUCGGCGGUGCCCUAAAUGGCAGCUGUCAAAUUUUGUCCCGCUUUCUUCGUUUUCCAGUUCCAAACAACAACCAUCUAAAGUUACCUAUUCAGAGGAAAUACAGAAGAAACUAGCCGACUUCCGAAGUCGGGUAGCUCCCUUGCGGCCAACACAUAUAGGUGGAAACCGGUCACCUUCUCCUCCGUCAUCUUCCUCUAAGGACAUCUCAUUACAGGAGAUUUACAAGCGGAAUGCCAAUGCUGCAAGGCCGUCCACCGGGAAGCUGUUUGACACCAUUCGCAUGAGCUUGCUGGACCAAAAAAAUGAUUCAUUCUCACUUUCUAACUUUAAGGAUAGCUUAAGGCUGAGACAGGGUGAUCCGAGCCCAAAAGAAGUGCCGAUAGUGAUUGGUAGCGACAAGUUGCACACCUCAAUGUUCUUGAAGGAGAACAAGGAUUUGGAUAACAGGGCAGCUAUGAGACAGAUGUAUGUGAGGGAGUAUAACCAUCGGGAUCUGGGGGAAAAGUUGAGAUCAUUGAGGCCGGAGCACAAGGGAAAGAAGGAUUUGUUUUCAUUAGAAGAGUUGAAUGAUAGACUGAUUAAGCUUAGGGAGAUUGAAGACAAAGAGUCUAAUCUUGGUGGAAUCUAUGACCAAUUGAGGGAAUCUCUAGUUCAGAUUGACGCAUCUAGUCAUGAUAACAGAAAUAGCACAAUUCGAAAACUUGAUGUUUUGAGCUACCUGGGAGAAAAUGCAGAAUACUUAUCACAUCCUCCAAAGGAGCACUUAGUUGAGAAGUAUUUCGAUCCAGGCAACAUGUCAUCUGCAGAAAAAAUGAAGCUGGAGCUUAAGAAGGUCAGAGAUGAAUUUAAAAUGUCAGAGUCAGAUUGUGGUUCUGCUCGUGUUCAGGUGGCUCAACUUACAACCAAGAUCAAACACCUAUCAGGUGUUCUCCAUAAAAAGGAUAAACAUUCUCGAAAGGGUCUUCAAGGAAUGGUCCAGAAGCGGAAGAAGUUGCUGAAGUAUCUUCGAAGGACCGAUUGGGAGUCUUACUGCCUAGUGCUAUCUAAGUUUGGUCUCCGUGACAAUCCAGAUUACAAGAACUAAACUGGCACCUAUUGAAUUCCAUGUAAGUUUAGGAGAUAUUCUCAUUCUUUUGAGUUUUGAUGGGCGUUGCAUCUUUCCCUUUCCAUGUUUAGUUCGGAAAGAAGGAUAUGCUUCAUUUCCCCUCCCUUUCCUCCUCCUCCACCAUAUUUUCCUCUAUGCAAAGCGUGCAGAGAUGCAUUUCCUGCACAAAUAGUUUAGAAGUACAAUUUGUAGUGUAUCUUUCUUGACCAAACAUCUUUUCCUUCUGUCUGUAGUAACACAUUCUCAAUUUCUUUCACUUUUUUAGUGUUUAUUAAUUUCUCAAGUAAUAA